GAGGAGACGAGGUCGGCGCCGUCUCCAGGAGCCCUUGGAGACCGAGUCCCCGGCGGCGGCAGCGGGGACAGCACACCGGCGGCGGGUGAGCGCCGAGCUGCGGGCGCCGGGGAUUCAUCCCACCACUUAAAACAUCAAAACGUUGGACCACACAGUCUAACUGAUUUCAGGUAGAAGCAGCCACUAAAGAUGUCCAGCAAAACUGCGAGCACCAACAGCACGGCCCAGGCGCGGAGGACCGUGCAGCAGCUGAGGCUGGAGGCCUCCAUCGAGAGGAUCAAGGUUUCGAAAGCAUCAGCAGACCUCAUGUCCUACUGUGAGGAACACGCCAGGAGUGACCCUUUGCUGAUAGGGAUACCAACUUCAGAAAACCCUUUCAAGGAUAAAAAAACUUGCACCAUCUUAUAGUGGAACAGUGACACGGUUCCUCGCCUCCUCUCCAUAAAGCAAAGGACGAGAAGCUCCUUGAAGAGAUUUACCUUCAGCUUAUUUGGUAACCACUGCUAAUAACUAAAAUGCUCUUAACUUGGAACAAUGGACUCUGAGGUCUUUAUUUUCCAAGUUGCUCUUUCUCUAAAAUACCCUAUACACAAUAACAAUCUUGUUUUCCAUUUGUUAACUGUGGUGUUAUGUUGGGUUACUGUUUAAGGAAAGUUGAUCUGGGCCUGUUUUAAAACACACACUUUAAAUAUACAGUUGGUGCAGCUGUGUCAAGACCUAAAUGGCUUAAGCACCUGUCAAAUUAAAAUGCCAAGAAUAACUCAAAUCCUGAAACCUUGUAUCAUGUGUUCCUAAUGAAGUGGUGCCAACCUGUACAGAAUACAGAGGCAGGGUGUUCUGUGUGUGUGUAAGUCUCUGUGUCGACACACAGCAAAGCUGUUUUCUUCAAAAACCUCCCUCUCUGUAAUCCAUCCGUUUCUCAGUUCCAGAAGUUAUAUCUUUGUCUUGAACUGUGAAUAGAGAAAAUAAAAAUGUCUUUCACAGUUAGUGUACAAAAAGUAAAGAGCGCCCCAGCGGUCAUAUUUGUUGUGAUCAAGUAGUGCAAUCACCUGUCCUCCCUGCUGGACCUCAGGCUGUGAUGAACUGUGCCAAUUAAAAAGUUUAAACUGAACUGAAA